AUGCCAAGAAAGAAGUCUAACGCUAAGAAGGCCAGAGAGGCCGCUAGAAAGCUCGAGCAAGGCGUUGUUCCCGCAGAAGAAGGUUCAGAUGACAAAGCUACAUUGCCUGCACACGUCGAGGGACAGGACGAGGAGGGUUCUGAGGAAGAGGAGUCUUCGAGUGAAGAGGAGGACGAUUAUGGCGAUCUGAUCACAGAGGAAGUCGAGGACGGGAUCAAGAAUGUGCUGAGGGCGAUCAGAGAGAACGACAAAGAGAAAUUGCUGGAUCCAAAGGUCAGAUUCUUUGAGGAUCCGGAGAAGGCGGUGGAGAAGAUGACGAGAAGUGAGAGACAUAAGCCUGUGUAUUUGAAGGAUUACCAUAGAAUGAAUAUCCUGUCGGGGAAUACCUUCGGCGACGAUGAGGAGGAGGAAAAGACUGUCGAUGGGAGAGAGUCGUACGUUUCACAGCAACAGGCUGAAAGAUCGCAGCUGUUGGACGAAAUCAAGAACGCCUUUGGCGACGAGGGGAACGAAGCCGAAGACGAAGGCGAAGAGGAUUUCUUGAAGAAAAAAGCUCCGUCCACCAAAACGGCCGAGCCAAGCCUCCAACUGCCAGAUCCAGAACAGGACGGUGAGAAGUUUUUAGAGGAAUUCGUGAACAACCAGGCAUGGAUCCCAAGAAAAGGUGACAAAAUCGUGUCUUUGGACCGCGACCCGAACAUGCAAGAAGACGACGAUGAAUUUGACGAAGCGGUUGAGAAGUUCGAGAAUGCGUAUAACUUCCGUUACGAGGACCCAAAUGCUGCGACGAUUGUAUCGUAUGCGCGUAAUCAGGCUACCUUGAGGCGUUCUGAGAACUCUUCUCGUAGGAGAAAGAGGGAAGAUGAGAAGCAGAAGAAGGAGCAGGAAAAGACUGAGAAGGAAAAAACCAUCCAGAAGAAGAAGAGUGAAAAGGUUCAUAAGUUGACCGACGUUUUAGAACAAUUGAAGAAGGAGUACGGUGCUGAGAUAAACCAGGAAAUCGUUAAGAAAAUAACAGAUACUUUGCUCAACAAUGAUUUCAAGGACGAUGAAUGGGAUACAGUUUUGAGUGAACUGUUUGACGAGGAAUUCUACCAACAAGAGGGCAAACCUUCGUGGGAUGAUGACGAUGAUAUCAUGGCUGAUUUCCACGCUGAUCAGGAUAAAGAGGACGAGGAAAGUGAUGCAGCAUUUGAAGCUACUGAAGUGUCGGCCAAGAAAUCCAGAAAGGAUAAAGUUAAGGAGAAGAAAUUGAAGAAGAAAGGGAAGAGAGAGCUCGAAGAGAUGGUUGAAGAUGCAGUCGAGCAGAACAAACUGAAGAUUAUCGAAGAGGUUGAAAAAGAGCAGGAGGAAAGAAAAUCUAGAGCACGCACGAAGGAGGAACAAGACUUGAAAUUUCGCUACAGGGAAGUCUCUCCAGAGAGCUUUGGUUUGACUACCAGGGAUAUAUUUGCUGCAGACGACACCCAGUUGAAUCAAUAUAUCGGGUUGAAGAAAUUGGCGCCUUAUAGAUCCAAGGAACAGAAAGCAAAAGAUAAGAGGAAAGUUACCAAAGCAAAAAGACUCAGAGAGUGGAGGAAGGAGAUUUUCCGUGGCGAAGAUCAAUUAGAUGUGCAGAGCGAUGAGAUUAAGAUUCCUGUGGAUAAAGCGAAGAAAACGUCUCACAAGAAGAAGAAACAUAAAUCUUCUACUUGA